AUGCAACUUUUGGAGCACUUUCUUUCAAAACAUGCAACUUCAGGAGAAAACUCUACCUCUGAAUCUUCGGAGUACUCAGAAGAUGAGGAUAAUCCAAGUGAAGAUCAUGACAAGUUCAUUGAAGUGAUCUCUAAAAGACACAAGAAGCUGCAGAAGGUCAGGAAAUGGUUAAAGAAAAAUAAACCUAUAUUCGGAGGUCUCAUUGAGACACAUGUACAGCCGGCAAAUGCAGCGACUAUAGUAUCUCGUUCUUUGCCGGGUUGGUUUUGUGACAACAACUAUGAUUUCUCAGAGCUGGGGCGUAUUUGGAUAAUCUGGCACAGUUCGGUCUCUGUUAGGAUACUCUCGAAAUCUCUUCAGCUAGUAAAUUGUCUGGUCAAGCUUCCUACUUCAGUCCAAGAAAUAAUGGUCUCUAUAGUCUACGGUUCAAAUGAUCAAUGUGAGAGAAGGCUUCUAUGGUCGGAACUGGAAGCUAUUUCAUGUGAUCCUCAAUGCAGUGGUGUUCCAUGGUUGGUGAUGGGUGAUUUUAACGAAAUAAUCUCACCUUCAGAGCAUUCCCACUUUGAUCAAUUCUCUUCCAAGCGGGGGAUGCGCGACUUCAGUGAAUGUCUUGACCGAAGCUCAUUAUCUGAUCUCCCUUUCUGCGGCAACACUUUCACUUGGACAAACAAGCAUGUAUCAAAGAAGCUAGAUAGAAUUUUGGUAAAUGAUACAUGGUUGAUCAAAUUUCCAGAAUCUAUUGGUGUGUUUGGUGAACUCGGAAUCUCAGAUCACAGUCCAUGCUGUGUUUUCUUAGAUCAGCUGAGACCUAAACAGAAGAGGCCCUUCAAGUUUUUCGCUCAUCUAACUCAGCAUCCAGAUUUCCAAGUCUUGAUUAAAGCUUGCUGGGACUCUCUCUCUUUCCAUGGCUCGCGACAACUGUGUAUCUCAAAGAAACUGAAGGCACUCAAACCAGUUAUUCGAAACUUCAGCAAAGACAACUUCUCCAAUCUGGAAAAGCGGGUUUCUGAAGCUUUUGAGCAUCUAAUCCAAUGUCAGCAAGUCACCUUAUCUGACCCUUCCCCUCUAAAUGCAGAGGCAGAGAGAGAUGCGCAAUCUAAAUGGUCUACUCUGGCAAUAGCGGAGGACUCUUUCCUCAAGCAAAGAUCACGGGUUCAGUGGACUUCUCUAGGCGAUGCUAACACUGCGUUUUACCACAACACGAUCAAAUCAAGAAGAGAUACCAAUCAAAUUUCUUUCUUCUUAGACUCCAACGAUGCGGUAAUAGACUCCCUCCCUGACAUCAAAAAUCACGCUGUGCAAUAUUUCACCGAUAUGCUAGGAGGACAAGUUACCCUGACUUCUUCUACGCCGGAAGCCAUCGCUGACUUGGUCUCAAUAAAAUGCGACCUAACUGCCAUUGCUUUAUUGGAUGCCCCUUUCACCGCCACAGAAAUCAAACAAGCUUUCUUUGAUCUACCGAGGAAUAAGGCGCCAGGACCAGAUGGAUACCCGGGUGAAUUCUUCUCCUCUCAGUGGGAGACUGUGGGUAAAGAUUUGAUUGAGGGAGUUAGUGAAUUCUUUCGUUCAGGGAAGCUAUUACAACAGUGGAAUUCAACGAUCCUUACCCUGGUCCCAAAGAUAACAAACGCCUCAAGGAUCUCAGAAUUUAGACCUAUUGCUUGUUGCAAUUCUGUAUACAAGGUGGUCUCCAAGCUUUUAGCAAACCGUUUAAAGCAAGUCCUGCCAACGCUCAUCUCCAAUGCCCAAUCUGCUUUCAUUCCUGGCCGUUUGCUUGUUGAAAAUGUUUUACUAGCUACUGAACUGGUUCAGGGGUACAACUGGAAGGCAAUCUCUAAACGAUGUAUGCUGAAAGUAGAUUUGAGGAAAGCCUUUGACACAUUGAACUGGAGCUUCAUUCUCAACACACUAGAAGCGAUGGAUUUCCCCUUGACUUUUCGGAACCUCAUAAAGCAAUGCAUAACAACGACCAGAUUCUCUGUGGCAAUAAACGGGGAGCUUUGUGGUUACUUUAAGGGAACUAAGGGUCUGCGACAGGGUGAUCCCUUGUCUCCGUAUCUAUUUGUUUUGGCUCUGGAGGUUUUUUCGCAGAUGCUGAGGGUCAAGUAUAGUGAUGGUUCUAUUGGCUUUCACCCUAAAGCCACUGAUCCCAAUAUCACUCAUCUCGCUUUUGCGGAUGAUAUCAUGGUUUUCUUCGAUGGAGAGAAACAGUCUCUGGAUCACAUUGCUCAGACAUUUGAAGCAUUCUCUAGGUGGUCAGGGCUCACUAUGAAUAGAACCAAGACAGAAUUAUAUGCAGCAGGUCUGACCCAGCCUGAAACCGACGACUUGGCAAGUCUAGGCUUCACUCUCGGCUCACUACCUAUUCGCUAUCUAGGACUCCCUCUAAUGCACCGGAAGCUACGGAUCUCAGAUUAUAGACCGUUAAUUGACAAAUUAAAGAGAAGCUUCACUGCAUGGUCUGUCAAAACUCUAUCUUUUGCAGGUAGGAAACAGCUGAUAUCAUCAGUGAUAUACGGUUCUAUAAACUUCUGGACAUCGGCCUUCAUCUUACCUAAGGGGUGUCUCAAGCAAAUAGAAUCUCUCUGUUCGAGUUUUCUUUGGAGCGGCAAAAUAUCUGGUCAUGUGAACACCAAGGUCUCCUGGAAAACGGUUUGCCUCCCUAAACAGGAGGGUGGUCUUGGACUAAGGGAUUUCGGUCUUUGGAACAAGACGCUGUGCCUAAAGCUUAUCUGGAGAUUGUUUGAUGAUACACAGUCGCUGUGGGCUGACUGGAUGAAGGCUUACAGAAUUGGCGGUAGCCAGAUUUGGGAGAUCGAUGAGAAUAUUGCCACCUCUUGGACAUGGCGCUCCCUUUUACAUCUUCGUCCUCUUGCUGAGAGAUUUAUUCGUGCUGAUAUCGGUAAUGGGGAGAAAAUUAGCUUCUGGUGGGAUUCUUGGACCCCAAUGGGACCAUUAAUUAAAUAUUUUGGGCCAAGGGGUCCUACAGAACUAGCGAUCGCAUCAAAUGCCUCUGUGGCAACUGCUUGCAAUCAGCAUGGAUGGAUGCUUAGGGGAGCUCGCUCUCCGGCUGCGGAAAACCUACACAUUUAUCUCACAACAAUCCCCCUCCCUUCAAGCUCAAAUCAACCAGAUUCAUACGUGUGGGAGGCAAAUGGAAUCAGUCUCCAUAGAUUCUCUGCAAAAGCCACCUGGGAGGACUUAAGACCGAGAGAUACGGUCAAACCGUGGACAUCUAGUGUCUGGUUCUCAGGCUCUGUACCUAAGCAUGCUUUUACUCUAUGGGUGGCCCACCAGGAUCGCUUGCCAACGCGACAGAGGGAUCAUCUAUUCUUGCGAUGUGAAUGGAGUGAGCAAUUAUGGCAUAUGGUCCUACACAGAUUGGGAGCAAGACCGAUAGCUUUUCACACCUGGACGGCCUUUGCUGAAUGGCUAAACAUCAGAGAUUCAGAGACAUCUAGACUCCUGAACAGGCUAGCCUCACAAGCUGCAGUUUAUAGCAUAUGGCAGGAAAGGAACAAGCGCCUUCAUGACUCGACCUCUACCUCCCCUGCACAAGUUUUCAAGAUUAUUGAUCGUCGCGUACGGGAUGUCAUUCUGGGACAGCGGCAAAGAAAAAGCUUCCAUCCUCUGAUGCAGAGAUGGCUAGCUCACCUGUGA